UUUUAUUUUUCAAAAUUCGGAAAGCUUGAGGGCAUAGAAACUUCGUCUUGCCAAAGCUAGCUUUCUUUCUUGUUGAGUGUAUAUUUCUGAAUAUGUACAUGCUUGGCCUGAUAAGAAUGUAUAAAAAAUAGCACGAAGCCCAGUCGGGAUUUCAGUCAAUCAAAACCUUUAAACAACCAUGGUACCAUUUUGGGCAGUAGAAAUUGUUUUUUUGGCCAGCGUGAUUUUAAGUGAAGCCUGUAAUUACUGCGUUCCAAGAUAUCAGUGUAAAACAGUCCACCCAACAAAUUACAAUUCUUCAUUUGCUUGUGCCUAUAAUAAUCACUGUUGUAAUGAACUUAAAGAGACGUUGCCAGAAAUUAAAAUCACGCCCUGGCCACCAGUACGUAAUCAGCCAUCAGCUCCUUCCCAAGAGCCCGGCUUGAGUAACCCCGACGGAUUAGGUAUGACGAAAUAUGUCACCGAAGACCAAUCAAAACCUAGCGAAUUUCCCUGGGUUGUGGCUUUGUUCAAGGAAAAUCAGUACUUCUCGGUAGGCUCCCUAGUUUCUGCAGGAGUUGUCCUAACAGCAGCUCACGGCGUGUCGCAUCUGAUACCAGGCCAAAUUUGUGUCAGAGCUGGCGAGUGGGACUUCAAAUCCACAACAGCUGAGACACGCGAUGUGGAAAGGAUCGUGAGCCACGAAAACUUUGAUUAUAUGAGCGGUGCCAAUAACUUGGCGCUUCUCUUCCUUAAAACCCCGUUCAAGUUAGAGGACCACAUUAGAACCAUCUGGUUUCCUGUCUCACAAAAGCAGUUCGAAGAACGUCGCUGCACGGCAGCCGGUUGGGGAAUUAACACGUCCCAGGUUCAGUCCAGAGUCAUGAAAAAAGUGGAGCUACCUAUUUUGAACAGAAACACAUGUCAGGAUCAGCUGAGAAGGACCAUAUUGGGCUCGGGCUAUAAUCUGCCGCAGAGUCUAAUUUGCGCCGGAGGUAUAACUGGUCAGGUGGCCUGCCCUGUCGAUGGAGGAUCUCCCUUGUUCUGCUCCGUCGAUGCGAACAAACCACAUGGCUACGAGCAGGUGGGCAUCGCGAGCUGGAGCAUAGAUUGUGCGCUGAGGGGUGUUCCCGAAAUCUUCACGGAUGUUACGAUGUUCAAGGAGUGGAUUUCAGAGAAGAUACAAUUCUGAACGAUUUAUUCUGUCGCAUCCUGCACUUUGUUCCAUAAUGCAAUACCUCACAUAAAAAAUAAUACGAACAAAUCACAUCAAGUAUAAUGAUGAAGUUUUGUUGCAAUGUAAUGUUUUUAAAUGUGUUCAUAGUGAAAAAGAACAAUAAAUGUUUCUUUUUAACUGGGCAGAAUACAUACAAAGUAGAGUUCAUUUUCUGCAAAUAUUUAGUACCAAACUAAAGAAAAAUUUUUAGCAAGUAUUUUACAACGUACAUUAAGUUUAAUUUUAUAAUUUUUUAUGAAAAAAGUGUAAUUCUGUUUAGACUACUUUAAGGAAUUUAAGUAAAUUCAACAGAAAAUUCAUUUUUGGAGUCUUUUUUUCUCCGAACUUAUUAUUAAUAUAAGCAACAUAUAAUAAAGGAUAUUUUCUUUCCUAUCAAAAUUUGUAAAUAGGAAAAGACUGUUGGCUAAAAAUACAUAGGUUAGGUUAAGGGGAAAAACUUUAAAAAAAAAAUAAAAAUGUUUGGUUGUACAUAUUAGUUAAA